AUGAUUCACAAACAGUUCCUUGAAAUUGUGUUGGUGCUGCUGGCCUCUUCCACUGUCUUCUCCCCAGAGCUAAAAGAGGGUCUCCUUCAACCAAGAAUGAACAGAGAGAGAUUACAACUACUGAAUAAUUUGCAGACCUUAUCAAUUCAGCAGUGUCUGCCACAUAGGAAGAACUUCCUGCUUCCUUGGAAAUCUGUGACUCCCCACCGGUAUCAAAAAGAACAUGCACUGGCCAUUCUCCAUGAGAUGGUUCAGCAGAUCUUCAACCUCUUCAAAGCAAAUUCUUCUCUGGGCCAUCUGAAGGACAACCACAUAGAGAAAUUCCUCAUUGAACUUCACCAACAACUGGCAUACCUAGAAGCACUUAUGAGACUUUAUCCUGAGCAGAAAAGUGGUGCCUUGGGAAGUGAGAACCUUAGAUUACAGGUUAAAGCGUACUUCCGAAGGAUCCACGACUACUUAGAAAACCAGGGAUACAGCAUCUGUGCCAGGAUCAUUGUCCAGGUAGAAAUAACUCGGUGUUUGUUGUUUGUAUUCAGAUUCACAGGAAGACUGAGCAAUGAGGAAAGAGACCCUUGA